AUAUAUAUUACAUAUACAUAUACAUAUAUCAUAUCAUCUGUAUUUCCCUAUAGAAUAGUCACAAACUAAGCCUUAUUGUAGUUAAAAAAGGAAACAAACUAAAAACAGAUAGAAAUAUGAUAAUCAGAUUGCUCCCAAAACCAUCAAUUAUAAGCUUCAUCACUGCCACUAAUCGUUCCUUUUUACUUCUUAGGUCAAACCUUCUCCCUGUUCGAGGGAAAUUGAAGAAAAGUUAUGGGAUACAUUUGAAUGUAAGAUCCAUGUCAGCAUCAGCGAGUUCUUCGGCUACUUCGCCUGUAUUGUCGGAUAAACAAGUGGCGGAUAAUGUUUUGUUAUUAAGUGGUAAAGAGGAUGAGCAUGAAGGUGUUAUUGUGGAAAUGUGUAAAGAUUCGUUGCUUGACCCGAUUGUGUUUGCUUCUUCGCUUAAAGCUUCAAUGCUGCAUUGGAAACAACAGGGCAAACGAGGAAUAUGGAUAAAAUUACCAAUCGAGCUUGUAAAUCUUAUCGAGCCUGUCGUGAAAGAAGGCUUCAGUUAUCACCAUGCUGAACCAAAUCACUUGAUGCUUGUGCGUUGGAUUCCUGAAACAGUAAAUACAUUGCCAGCAAAUGCAAGUCAUCGAGUGGGUAUUGGUGCUUUUGUGACGAAUGAAAAGGGAGAGGUUUUGGUAGUUCAAGAGAAAAGUGGAAAAUUCCAAGGAACCGGUGUAUGGAAGUUUCCUACUGGAGUUGUUGAUGAGGGUGAAGAUAUUUGUGAUGCUGCGGUUAGAGAAGUUAAAGAAGAGACUGGAAUUGAUGCCAAAUUCGUGGAAAUUUUGGCAUUCAGACAAAGCCACAAAUCCUUCUUUGAUAAGUCAGAUUUAUUCUUCAUGUGCAUGUUGCAACCAUUAUCUUUUAACAUCCAGUUGCAAGAAAGAGAAAUAGAGGCAGCCCAGUGGAUGCCGUUUGAGGAGUAUGCGGCUCAAUCAUUUGUCCAGAAGCAUGAUCUUCUCAAGUAUAUGGUUAAGAUAUGCAUAGCAAAGAGAGAUGGAAACUACAAUGGCUUCUCUGCUGUGCCUACAGUCACCAGUUUCUCUAAAAAGCAAAGCAACCUCUACUUCAACACUAGGGAUGUUAGCUCUUAGUUUAUAUCUAAAAAACGAAGGAUGUUUUUCAUGUUUCCAAAGGGGGCGAGUCUUUGACUUAGAUGGGCGAGGUCUAAUCAUUAUGUUUUAUUAGUUCAUGUAUUUGACACAUAGCUUCAUACUGUAUAAAUAUUGUUUAUUGUUUAUCGACAGGUUAACCCUUGUUGACGUGA